GGAGAAAGAAGAGCCUGAGGACGGAAAAGGGAAACCAAAAACACCCAAAAACACAACCUUAAUCCAACAUCAACAACCACCCGGAACCAUGACCAAACGCGUGUCGAUCCUCUGCUUCGGCAACUCCCUGACAGCGGGGUACUACCAGUUCGGUCUGGACUAUCAUCCUUACGCGUGGAAGCUUGAAUCCCGGCUAAAGACUGCCUUUCCAUCCCACACCUUCCUGGUGAACGCCGAGGGGUUGCCUGGUGAUCUGGCUAUCGGGCCUCCAGGGCGUUUCUUGCCCCGCAUCCAGGAAAAGUGCGGCGAGCGACACUAUGACUGGGUGAUCGUCCUAGGCGGCACAAACGACCUGGGGUACGGCUACUCACCCGAACGCAUCUACCCCGCGCUGCAAGAUGCCUGGAACGUAGCUCUCACCGGUGGGUCGAAAGUGCUAGCACUCACGAUACCGGAAUGCGCCGCCAAGAACGCCGCGCUGGAUUCGAAGCGCGCGGAUCUGAACGCGCGCAUCUUGGCCCAUGAGGCGGAGCGAUUCCACGCAUUUGAUCUCCACGCCAAAAUCCCUUACCAUGCAUCCUCCGAGGAAUUCAAAGAGAAGAUGUGGGAUGACGGGUUGCAUUUGACGCCCCAUGGGUACGACCUUGUGGGCAAUGAGGUGGCCGAUCACUUGAUAGAGCUGAUUCAGUCGAGUGGUGGGCUAGAGGCUUAGAUCGGGUCAUGGGAUCUGCUUGGUUUGCAUGUGCCUGGCUAUGUAGACAGCGCUUUUAUGGUUUCCGUUGCCGAUGCAGUCUUCUGUUUCCCCAUCCUUGUUUCCCAGUUGAUUGUUGUGUCUUGAUCUUGCACUCACUUGAUAUGGAUACUAGCGUCCUUGCAUACAGCAUACUGAUAUUCUCGUCUAGCGAAUUCUAAGGAUCAUCCUGGGUGUCCUACUAAACAACUCUAGUAGAACGAAC